CCGAACAGGCGGAGUGAAAGUGCACACGUGGACGCGUGAGACUGACGUGCCCCCCAGCCAGUAACAGUAAGGGCAGACGACGCCAGCUCACCUCAGCCAUCCAAUGGGGAAGGUUACUGAGGAGUAAAAGUCCAACUGUUCAGAGACGGACAGUUCGGGGGAGAAGGCUGUGAAGCGGGUCAGGAGUCUGCUGGGACUCAGGCUCCGAGGAGGAGACAGCAGAAGUUCGCUUCGUGUCUUGUUGAAGAACAGACGGGAAAUCUCUCAUCUCCUACCUCCUACCGGGAAAUGAUGAGGAUACUCUGAUUUUUCGGCCCGAAUAUACUACCAGCAACGUUUCAUCCGUAGGGAACCUACUUGGGUGUCGUGAACCAUGGGAAGCUUCAAAGGUCAUGCGCUCCCUGGAUGUUUCUUCCUUCUAGCUGGGAUCUGGUGGACAGGAAAGUAUUCGGUCUGGCACGCCACCCGCAGGAACAAGAGCAUAGGUUCGACUCGUCUGGCCAGCAGAGCCUCACAGCGCCGUCUGGAGAUAUUUGAAAGCUCUGUCAUGCUCUUUUGCGCUUUUGUUGGGAUGCUAGCAGAGCAGUUUGCUGCAGAUGGGCCGAAGCUCCAGUUGUAUGACUUUGCAGAGAAACACUGGGAUCAACUAACGAACUGGCAGCAUGCCACCAUGUACCUGUUCUUUGGCCUGGCUGGGACUGCAUCUCUCAUUAUCCACAUCACAGAGGCUGCCCCACUGGCACUGGAUAGGUUAAUGCUGGCUAUUGCUUUCUUUAAUGAAGGAUUUCUUUUCCUCUACCACCUCCACGGCAGGAGUAUGUUGGACGUCCAUGUACAUCAGCUCCUGCUCUAUGCUAUCUUUGGCGAGGCUCUUGUUGCCUUCCUGGAGGUCUUCCACCGAGGCAACAUCAUUCUGGAGCUGCUUCGCUGCACCCUCACUACCCUGCAGGGAAGCUGGUUUUGGCAGAUUGGGUAUGUGCUUUACCCUCCCCGUGGCCCUGAGUGGGACCUGAAGGAUCACAACAAUAUGAUGUUUGUCACCAUGUGUUACUCCUGGCACCUUGCCAUUGCCAUGCUGGUCGUGAGCGUGCUCUAUUGCACCAUCAGCUGCGUGGUUCGCUCCAGACUGAAGAGGACACCUCCGAUGGAAAUGGGGCUUCUGAAGCCCAGAGAGGGGGACCCAGAAUCAGAGGAUGAGGUUUUAUGAAGAGGACAGUUGUUCACCUUCAUUGUGACUCAUGUAUAGAAACUGGUAAAUCAGGGAUAUUAUCAUAUUAUAAUUAUACUAUCUGUAUACCUUUUGUUUUAUUCAGCUGGAAACCCCCUUUAGCUUUACUUUUAUUGUUCAUUGCUAUUUAUUUUGCAGUUUCUAAUACUUUCCAUAGGCCUAUAUUCUGUCAUAUUAUUUUAUUAUUCAUCUGCACAUAUGAGAACAAGGGUGAACUUUUUAUGGAUUGCUUACUUUUCAUUUGUUCCCAUAAUGUUCAUGGUAAACAUUCUAGUGUUCAGUAGUGCCAUCUUGUGGUGCAGGCAGUCGCCAUCCUCAUCAGUACAGCAUUCAUUACUUGAAAAUAUUGUAUGUGACUUUUUGUGGGACAAUAUUAGGAGGCAGAGUCACACAGGAGUCAAACUCAAUGCCAAACAAUAGGAAGUUUAUUAAAAUUGUUCAGAUGUUUGGACUUU